ACGGCCAGCGAGCUCCUCCUGAGCAGGCAGCUCUUCUUUCCCGAACUGGAGGAGUCGGAGCAGUUUUACGCGUCCCACAACCGAUUCCUGAAGCUGCUGCUGGCCGGAUACCGCUGCGUGUCCGCCCACUCGGAGCUCUUCUGCUACUUCAUCAUCAUCCUCAACAACAUGGUGUCCGCCUCCGUCAUCUCACUCGUCCUCCCCAUCCUCGUCUUCCUCUGGGCCAUGCUCUCCAUCCCCCGGCCCAGCAAACGCUUCUGGAUGACCGCCAUCAUCUUCACCCAGGUGAUGGUGCUGGUGAAAUACCUCUUCCAAUUUGGGUUUUUCCCCUGGAAUGGCUACGCCACGCUGGUGCGCAAUGAGGGCAAGCCCUUCUUCCCACCCCGCAUCCUGGGCUUGUUGAAGUCCGACCGCUACGUCAAAUACGACCUCAUGCAGCUCCUGGCUCUCUUCUUCCAUCGCUCCCAGCUGCUGGUGGAGGUGGUGGCAGAGCCAGGGACCCCGGGCGCAGAGGAGGCCAAGGCCACACAGCUCCGCUUCAGGAGGAAGAGGUGGCGCUGGAAGAAGCAGCCGGAGGUGGCUCUGGAGGAAGAGGAUGGGGACGAGGAGGAGGAGGAAGAGGAGGUGAAACAGAGCCACGCUCAGAGGAAGCUGAAGGUGUUUGGGCUCCGGGUCAAGCUCUUCUUCCUCACCAUGGCACAGAGCAUGUACCGGCCGGCGCGUGGGUUCUUCCGGGACAUCCUGCAUGGCCAGCACCGCGCGGCCACCGACGUCUACGCCUUCAUGUUCCUGGCCGACGUGGUCGACUUCAUCAUCAUCAUCUUUGGCUUCUGGGCUUUUGGGAAACACACGGCGGCCGCGGACAUCACUUCCUCACUGUCGGAUGACCAAGUGCCCGAGGCUUUCCUGGUCAUGCUGCUCAUCCAGUUCACCACCAUGGUCAUCGACCGCGCGCUCUACCUCCGCAAGACCGUGCUGGGCAAGCUCAUCUUCCAGGUCAUCCUGGUCUUCAGCGUCCACAUCUGGAUGUUCUUCAUCCUGCCCGCUGUCACCGAAAGGUUGUUCAGCCUCAACACGGUGGCCCAGCUGUGGUACUUUGUGAAGUGCAUCUACUUCUCGCUGUCAGCCUACCAGAUCCGCUGCGGCUAUCCCACCCGCAUCCUGGGCAACUUCCUCACCAAGAAAUACAACCACCUCAACCUCUUCCUCUUCCAAGGGUUUCGCUUGGUGCCCUUCCUGGUGGAGCUGCGGGCUGUGAUGGACUGGGUCUGGACGGACACCACGCUGUCCCUGUCCAACUGGAUGUGUGUGGAGGACAUCUAUGCCAACAUCUUCAUCAUCAAGUGCAGCCGCGAGACUGAGAAGAAAUACCCCCAGCCCAAGGGGCAGAAGAAGAAGAAGAUUGUGAAGUACGGCAUGGGGGGGCUCAUCAUCCUCUUCCUCGUGGCCAUCAUCUGGUUCCCGCUGCUCUUCAUGUCACUGGUGCGCUCCGUGGUGGGUGUCGUCAACCCCCCCAUCGACGUCACCGUCACCCUCAAGCUGGGGGGGUACGAGCCGCUGUUCACCAUGAGCGCCCAGCAGCAAUCCAUCCAGCCCUUCACCCCCCAGGACUACGAUGCCCUCACCAACCAGUUCGAGAGACAACCGGUGGCCAUGCAGUUCAUCACGCUGUACGGCUACGAGGACAUCGUGACGGCGCGCAUCGAGGGCAGCUCGGGCGCUCUCUGGAGCAUCAGCCCCCCCAGCCGGGAGCAGAUGCGGCGGGGGGGGCACGGCUCCUCCGUCAUCACCCUCCGCCUCACCUGGACCUUCCAGAGGGACCUGGGCAAGGGGGGGACGGUGGAGAACACGUUCGACAAGCACACCACCGACCUGCAGCCCGGCGCGCCCCAGCGCAUGGAGCUGGCCCAGCUGCUGCAGGGCACCCGCGAUGCCCCCGUGCAAGUGCCCAACCUCUUCCCCAGGUACAUCCGGGCGCCCAAUGGCCCUGAGGCUGAACCUGUCAAGCAGCUGCUGCCAGGUGGGUGUUGUCACCCCAACAUCCUCCCCAUGGUCAUCUUCAAUGACAAAGUCAGCCCCCCCAGCCUGGGCUUCUUGGCCGGCUAUGGGAUCAUGGGGCUGUACGUGUCCAUCGUGCUGGUGAUCGGGAAGUUCGUGCGGGGUUUCUUCAGCGAGAUCUCGCACUCCAUCAUGUUCGAGGAGCUGCCCUGCGUGGACCGCAUCCUGAAGCUGUGCCAGGACAUCUUCCUGGUGCGGGAGACGGGCGAGCUGGAGCUGGAGGAAGAGCUCUACGCCAAGCUCAUCUUCCUC